UCCAGUCGUCUGAUCAGUGAACACGGGAACUCGAGGUGGAAUCUUUUAACUUGUUUGUCAGUGAAAUACUUUUGGAACCAGCGACAACCGCCAGCGUAUUUUAUUUCUCAACACAAACGUUAUCAGUUUAUUUAUAACUUAUUCAACGAAGCAAGAUGCAAAACCUUUUCCUCGUGUUGUUUUUAGUCGCCUCAGUCUACUCUGAAUCGCAGGUAAGAGAGACGGAGACAUGGAUGCCCAUGAAGGCCAAGCAGUCGCUGCCGGCGCCCGCAGAGGAGGACCUGGUGUCCUCGGGCGACUCGGCCACCUCCGACUUCGAGCUCACAAGUGACGACGAAGACAGCGAGGAUGACGAUGAUGACUUUGAGGACGGCAUGUCAGGCUCUGGAGACGGAGAGUCCUUCAAUGAGAUUGUGCCCACAGCCAAGCCGGAGCUGAUUGACAACAGGAUCCCGGAGCAGGGCGGCCCAGCGAAGCCCGUGAGGCCCACGGUCAACGAGAACGAGAUCGUCCAGAAGAACGAGGUGGGCGUGGGCUCGUCGGCCAACGACGACUACCCUCCCAACGUGCUCAUGUCACAGGCAGACACAGACGAGGGCUUCUUCCAGAAGACGGAAGUUGUUGCAGCUCUGAUCGCGGGCGCUGCAGUGGGCCUGCUGUUCUCCGUGCUGCUCAUCCUGCUCCUCAUCUACCGCAUGAAGAAGAAGGACGAGGGCAGCUACGACCUGGGCAAGAAGCCCAUCUACAAGAAGGCGGCCACCGCAGAGAUCUACGCCUAAAAACAAAAACAUCUAUCCAUCUAUCCUCCCCCCUCCAUCCAUCGGCCCUGUCCUCCCUGCCCUGUCCUGGACUCUCUGGGUGCGUUCCAAUAUGCGACCUUGCCUCCUCCACUUGUGCUUGUGGCCUUGUUUCCAGGAAGUAAUAUGUCAUGAUGACAAUCACUGACAACAGCAUUAUAUUUCAAUAUCUUGCAAAAGCUCAAUUGGAGAGUCUUUUUUCUCAUUUGCAAUUGGGAUAGUGAAUGAAAAACAGUCCCUCAAAAGUUGUUGUGGCUAGGCUGCCAGCUGGGAAACUUGAUUGUUUUCUCCACGGAGGAGGGGACGGGAGGAGGUGGGACGAGGAGACGAGCACAAGUGGAGGAGGCAAGGUCGCAUAUUGGAACGCACUCCCCUGUCCCUCGCACAGGUGGCUGCCAUGGUUCUGUUCUGCUCGCCCGCCUGGCCUGGCCUGGCCUGAACUGGCCUGCACCUCUCUCCUUUCUCACAGUGCCUCUGAACCUCAGCCGCUAAGCUCCCCCCCUCCCUCCUUCCCUCCAUCCCUCCCUCUCUCUCCGUCUCUCUCUCUCCUCCCUCUCUCCUCUCUAACUGGACUGCCUCACGCCUGAUCCUCAACACGCCCAUGAAAGCCAGAGGAGAGGGGGUUGGAGGGAGGUGCUCAAACUCUCUCUCUCUCUCCGGAAAAGAAAAAAUGAAAGAAAGGAAAAUACAGACUGUAAAAACAACUCUCCUCAAGUCAUGAUUUUGGAAUGUGCAUUUCUUUUUUUUCUUUCUGGAACAUCAUGAAAUGUGCCCAAACCAGUGGCCCAUGCAACUUAGGAGGGCCUUGUUCCUUUUCGGGUUUUGUUUUGUUUUUUAAAAACAUGAUAAAGCAAUUCAGAGGUGUUUGCCAAACUGCAAAACAUCGUUUUUGUCAUAUCAUUUUUUUUUGGUCCUUUUAGGAAAGUUUCCUUUUUAAUUUAAAUAUUUAACUCCACCCAAAGUUAAAUGCUUACAUGUCUUUUGAGCUGCACUGUAAUUCAUUCAAACGUGUCUGUGUGUGUGUCCAUAUCAGUGUGCACCCUGACUUCCGGAGGUUGUUUUUGUGUUUUUUGUUGUUAAGCUAUAACACUAAAAGCUGUACGGCGGUGCUCAGCAGCGCGCGCCAGACACAAUAUGGUACAGAGAUCCUCAGCAUCUAGUUUAUUUAUUCCCUCCCAGUCCCCCGCCCUUGCCCCGCCACUGGCCCGCACCUGUCCCGCCACUGGCCCGCACCUGUCCCAGGUGUUCCAAUAUUGGUGCUGUGGAAGAUGAUGUUACUGUGGCAUUUGUGCUUUUGGUUCGAAAGUUUUCCUCUUUUGGUUUGUUUGUUUUAUUUUUAUUUUAAAUAAUGAAAUCCCUGUGUAGGAUUACUAAUUUUAUCCUUUUUUUAAGUUAAGGCUAAAAGAAAAUAUCGAAAUAAAAUCCGUUGGUACUAAGUGCUGUGGCUGUCAUGUAGCUGAGCUCCGUCUCAAAUGAAAAUCUGCCUUAGUUCUUUGGGGGUGGGGGGUGGGGGUGAUCAGGGGAGGGGGGUGUCUGUACUCUGUCAUUUCAGUCCAGUAGGGAGACUGAUGUAUACGCUUGCUCACUGUCCACGAUGGGAUAGAGCAGCUGGAAUUGAGCACCAGGUGGUGUGGGAAAAGAUCACGUACCCAACAGUGCUCUAUUCUCCGAUCAGCUGAUUGCCAGGCCGAAUCGAUCUGGAAACUGUUAUCUUGUUAGCAAGGUUAUUUCGAAUAGGUACAUGGUUAUCGAGGUUGACCUAUUCUCUGAACAUGGACUCUGAACUUCCAGGGAUUUGUAAAUAGCCAUCAAAAUGAAUUGGGGGGUGGGGGAGAAAUGGGUACGUAGCCAUCUUCUGGCAGACUGUUAGUAACCAAAUAUUUAAAUGCCAAAUUUUUUAUUUUUUAUUUUUUUUUGUCCAUCCAUGAUUUUUUCCCCCCAGUUUCACAUCACACUGCUAAUGGCGAAAGAAAUAAACUGCACAAUGUUUAGUUUCUUCUGAAACUCUGUGGGAAAAAAAACUUUCAAAAUGAAUGACCAAUGCUAGUACUAACGUUACUGUGUCUCUGUUCAGUGUUCCAGUAGAUUAUGUUUCAGGUUUUUUUUUUGUAUUAAUUUAACUGUCAAAUAUUUUAUUGCCUUCUUUCAGGUUGGGGCUUUUCCCCCUCUAAGCUGUUGUAUAUGUGAUUUUUAAUUUUUUAUAUAUAUUAUACACUAGUUUUAAGAUUUCUGAAGCAAAUAGUUUUGAAGCAGUUUUUUUUGUUAUUUUGUAAGAAUUUCUAUUCCUUUUUAGACAUUUUGAGCGGUAUAUAUUUAUGUUUUGUAGAAGGAUUGCUAUGUAAUUGUUCAGGGGAACGGUACUGAGCCAUGUGUCACUUGCAUGGGUUAAAUAAAUAAAUCUGCUGCUUUUCGUCAUAACACGAGAUGUGAAUCACCAAUCGAGUGGAGGAGUCAAUGAAUCAUUGAUUUCUGCAUGCAGGUUCUGAUCUGUUUGCAAAAUAAAGCUAUUUUUAUGCACACAACUUAAA